AUGACGAUGUUGAAUAUCAACAUGACCCAGCAUCCCUUUUGUUCACGCGCUGACUUCGAGUUUGCUGAAAUUGCACUGGACGCUGCACUCAACAAAUCUCAUAUCAACGGGCUCCUUGCUCUCAUUGGUCGCAUCUCGAGAGGGGAGACCCAGAUGACACUCAAGACUGAUACAGAUCUCCGCAAGGCUUGGGAGCAUGCGACUGAUCAGGUGGCGCCGUUUACAAAACACAACAUCACUACCCAUGUGUUACCUCUUUGGGAGUGGGCGCUCGAUUUACUAGGCAACCUGGUGCUUGCUCCGCAUUUUGUUUGGGAUGCACAACGCCUAUACAAACAUAACGGAACAGAGUUCGAGCGUUUCUACAAUGAGCCCUGGAUGGGUGAUCGAUGGUGGGAUGUCCAAUCUCGCCUUCCACCUGGCCUUAAAGCGGCCCCAUUUUGUUUCAUCUUGUAUGCAGACAAGACAAGACUGUCAUCGCAUGGUACGGUCAAGGCAUAUCCUGUCGUGGUACGAUGCGCAAACUUGCCGGUAGGCAUACAACAUGGUGAGGGCAUUGGCGGCGGUCGCAUUGUUGGGUGGUUGCCUAUUGUCUCCGAAGAAGCAGAUGAAGAAGGCAAAAUGGGGUUUGUGAGCUUCAAGCGCGUCGUAUGGCACGAAUCAUUCUUGAAGCUCUUGGAACUUGUUGUGCAAUACUCGAAGACCGGUUAUGCGCAUCAAUGCUUCGACAUGAUUAUACGCUGGCUGUUUCCUAUUCUGCUGAUACUUUCGGCUGAUUAUGAAGAGCAAUGUAUGAUGUCGCUCAUCCGUGGUCAAAAUUGCAAAUGUCCUUGUCCUGUAUGCGUUGUGCUGCUUGAGAAACUUCACGAUCUAUCCAAGACAUUUGCGCUUAGAUCAAUGCAAGACACAAUAGAUGCACUCAAUACUUACAAGAUCAGCAAAGGUCGGGGCGAAGCACUUCUCAAGGUGUUAGGCUUAUGUGCCGUUGCGGUAAGCUACAGUCUUAGUUAUUCUCUUGUCUCCCCUCUUCAUAAUUAUAAUGUAUUCUGGCGCAUUGCCUACUCUGACCCUCAUGAAGCCAUCAGCUUUGACUGCCUACAUUCCCUUCAUAUUGGCAUGUGGAAACACCUACUUGAGGAGUUGAAGAAGAUCCUCAAGGUUGCUAAAUUCCCUCGAUGGCGCAAUUUCAACCAUUUCAGUACUGUCAUCCACAUCACAUUCAGUGACGGCAACAAGAUGCAAGACCUGUCUAAACAAACCCUUUAUUCGGCAUUGAACAUAUUGACCCACAGAGCUAGCCCAGAAGGAUAUCAACUCCUCUGUGUUAUCAGUAGCUAUCUGCAAUUGGAUAGCUACAUUGGUCUCGAUGUGCAAACAACAAGCACGCUAGCGGCGCUCGAUGCCGAACUACUUGUUUUCAAUACCACACUUAAGGACUAUGUUGAAUGUGUGUCGACGUCCCCUAUUGAAGAUCUCAAACUCGAUUGGGACUUUCCAAAGACUCAUCUUUGGAAGCAUGUGACCCGGGACAUCCGAAUGAAGGGUGCGACACGUAACUACAGUACUCGUCCGAACGAGAAGCUUCACGGUCCUCUGAAAGAGGCCUAUGAGCGCCAAUCGAAUGGAAAGGAAGUCGCUGACCAGGUUUGUUUUGAUGUUAUGAUACCUGAUAUCUGUUGCUCACGUAGGGACAAUUGUUUUCAUUAUAAUAAUAGAUACUGCACAUCGAUCAACGCAAAUAUGCCAGUCAAAUUGUUGAGAAUGCGCGUGGACACGCUCGAUGAACAACGUAGCUUGCCAGACGAUGAAGCCGAAGCCGACGAAACCAAAGCAAGAUCAGCUACCUUCGAGGGACACGUCAAACUGGGUUCGCCACAACAGCCUGUAUCAAUCCAGGACAUUGAGAAUAGCCAUGGCCAAAGGGAUCAUGCAUUUCAAGGCUUUCGUCGCAAGUUUUCCGAUUUCAUUAACACUUCAUUGCCUGGGUACGGACAUCAUCUGGAAAGAUGGCUUUCCAUACCUGCCAAUUUCCAGAUUCAAGAACAUCGGUAUCUUAAGGUGAACUACAAGUCUAGUGUUGACUGGAGACAAACGACCAACUACCUUCAAUGCAAUCCUCACUUUCACGGACACCCAUGCUAUGACUGCGCACUUAUGCAACUUACACAGGACACAUCCGUUUUUGUUCAACUCAUUUUUAUGUUCAAAUGUCAGCUACCGGAUGUUGGCUCCUUUGAGUUGGCACUAGUUCAGCCAUUUACUGCUGGUGUCAUUGGGGCUCCUCGCAGGAUUGAUCGUGAUUUCCGGCUCACUUGCAUCAAAGCUGUCUCAAGAGCAAGUUCUAUAUUUGUUCUGCUUUGUUCUUUCAUCCACGGUGCUCUUUUAUACCCUGAUCCUGCACAUCAAGACAAGUUCAUUGUUGUCGAUCACAUUGAUAGUGAUAUGUUUAUACGCAUGAAGACAUGGGCACGAUGA